AUGCCGAACAGGUUCAAAGCUCCCAGCGUGUCCACCUUGACCGCUGAGAGCUCCCUCGACUCCGGCUCGUUCGUCCUCGGUAUCCCAGGAGCGUACCCUCAGAGUUCCAAUGGCGAUCGCGCGUCGAUGAACGGGACAUCUGAUGCCGUCGAAUCGGAUGCCGCUGACUUGCUCUUUAGCAUGCGACGCGAGAUGGAUUCUUUGCGUCAGCAGCACGAAGCCACCGUUGCCUGGUAUCAAGACCAACUCGCCGACGAGCAGCAGCGGACCGCAGCAUACAAGAGGCUUCUUGAAGAAAAGAGCCUGAACGAUCUUCGGAAGCUGCAGCAGUUACGAAACACGCUCCACGAUGCACUGGCAGAUCUUGCAGAAGUGCGCCAUAGGCACUACACGCUCGCUGAACUCGUUGAACAGUCACAGCGCCGCGCGCACGAUCACCGCCCCCCUCCUACUCCUGAGCCCGCUCCUUCUCCCGGCCCCGCCCCUACUCCCAGCUCCGGUCCUGCUCCUUCUUCCGGCCCCGCCCCUACUCCCGGCUCCGUCCCCGCGCGCGCUCUCAACCCUUUCGCCACCUACGAGGCGGAGUGGGGGAGGAUCUGGAGGCGCAUCGUCGCUCAGUCUUCCUACACACUGACGACCUUUCCGUGGCCCGUUUGUGGUUUCGUUGGGGCCGAAAGCAUCACGGAGCAGAGCCUGCUGGAGUUCCUGCUGCACGUGAAGCGCCCCGGAGUCGCAGGCAGGAACGUCCCCACAGUUUGUCGUGCAGAAACUAUCCGUUAUCAUCCGGACAAGUUCCGCGUCUUUGCCCUCACCUGCAUCCGUGAAGGCGACCGCGGGAUCGCAGCUGAUGUGGCGGCAAAGAUCUACAAUCUGCUCACAGAUGUCCUGGCCAGAUGUCGCUGA